AUGGUUGAUAAAGUUGAUAAGACUAAGGAAGAGUCUAAGGAGGUUACCCAACAACCUGCAAAGGAACAGAAGAAUAAGAAAAAGCAGACGAGUAAGGAAGAUGAGGAAGAACAGUUAUCUGAAGAAGAUCUGAAAUUGAAGUCUGAUUUAGAGGUUUUAGUGGAAAGGCUGAAAGAGGACGAUGCUAAUCUUUAUGGUCCUUCCUUGGAUAAAUUGAAAGAAUUCAUUAAGAGCUCCACAAGUUCAAUGACAGCUGUGCCUAAACCAUUAAAAUUUCUACGCCCAUACUAUACUGAAAUGUGUGCCAUAUACGACAAAUGGAGCAGCAGGGAGUUGAAAUCCUCAUUAGCAGAAGUGCUGUCUGUUUUAGCAAUGACCUACUCUGAAAAUAAUAAACAUGAUUCUUUGAAAUUUGCCAUAUUAUGUGAGAAUUUGAACAUUGUAAGUUGGGGUCAUGAAUAUAUCCGUCAUUUGGCAUUAGAAAUUGGUGAAGUCUAUAAUGAUCAAGUUGAAAGAGAAGGUUCAGGGAAGGCACCUCCUGGUGAGUUGCAAGAGAAUUCUACUGUGAAAUCUGAAGGUUUUGAAUUUUCUAAAGAGGUCAUCCUACAGUUGUCACUAGAAAUUGUUCCAUAUUUCUUAAAGCACAAUGGUGAGGCCGAUGCAGUUGAUUUGUUACUAGAGAUUGAAUCUAUUGAAAAGUUACCUCAAUUCGUGGAUGAAAACACUUAUGAAAGAGUUUGCCAAUACAUGGUUGCAUGUGUACCAUUAUUGCCACAACCAGAAGAUGUGUCUUUCUUACAGACAGCUUAUUCUAUCUAUCUAUCCGAAUCUCAAUUAACAGAAGCGCUUUCUUUGGCUAUUAGAUUAGGUGAUGAAUCGCUUGUGAGGGCUGUUUUUGAAGCUACCUCUGAUCCAGUUGUACACAAGCAAUUGGCUUACAUCCUAUCAUUCCAGAAAACUGCCUUCGAAUACGAACCGGUUAAAGAGAUCAUUGGAAACACGAAGUUAUCAGAGCAUUUCCUAUACCUGGCUAAAGAAUUGAAUUUGACCGUACCCAAAGUACCUGAGGAUGUUUACAAGAGCCAUUUGGAUAGUUCUAAAUCUGUAUUUUCUGGUACGGGUUUAGACUCUGCACAACAAAAUUUGGCCGCGGCAUUUGUUAAUAGUUAUCUGAACAUGGGGUACUGUAAUGAUAAGAUGUUGCUCGAUAACGAUAACUGGAUUUACAAGACUAAGGGCGAUGGUAUGACUUCUGCAGUGGCAUCCAUUGGUUCCAUUUUUCAGUGGAACUUGGAUGGGCUACAACAAUUGGAUAAAUACCUGUAUGUGGAAGAAACAGAAGUGAAGGCAGGUGCCCUUCUCGGGAUAGGUAUUUCAGCUUGUGGUGUUCAUGAUGGUGAGGUGGAACCUGCAUUGCUUUUGCUUCAAGACUAUGUGUCUAAUCCUAACUCCAAGAUUAGUUCUGCAGCCAUUCUUGGGUUAGGUAUUGCAUUUGCAGGCAGUAAAAAUGAAGAAGUUCUAGGCCUUUUGUUGCCUGUUGCUGCUGAUACAUCUCUGUCGAUAGAAAUAUCUGCAAUUGCAUCUUUGGCAUUAUCCCAUGUCUUCGUCGGUACUUGCAAUGGUGACAUAACGGCAGCUAUCAUGGAUAACUUUUUGGAAAGAUCGGGUGUUGAACUCAAAACUGAAUGGGUUAGGUUCUUGACCUUAGCUUUAGGUAUCAUUUACAUGGGUCAAGGUGAACAAGUGGAUGAUGUCCUUGAAACCGUAAGUGCCAUCGAACACCCAAUGACUUCUGCCAUAGAAGUGCUGGUGAGCGCUUGCGCGUAUGCAGGUACCGGUGACGUCUUGUUAAUUCAAGACUUGUUGCAUCGCUUGGCCCCUAAGCCAGUUCGUGAAGAUGAUGACGAGGAGGAAGAUGAAGCUGGAGAUGAAGCUGGAGAUGUAGAAGGUUCUUUAAAUGCUAUUAGUGACGUUUUAUCCAAGCAAAAUUCCGAAGAGAACGCAGGUAAUGAAGGAGGUGAUGAACAAAUCGAUGUGGAUUCUCAAGAAGAAGGUAAUAGCGGUACGACAAAUGAGAAGAAAGAACAGCAGGCAAAUGGUAGUGAGAAUGGUGAAGAAAGUAAGGAAGACAAUGAAGAAGGUAAGGAAGACAGCGAAGAGAAAGAAGCUGUCAUGGUAGAUGAACUUUCUUAUGCUGUUUUGGGUAUUGCCAUGAUUGCUCUAGGUGAGGAUAUCGGUAAAGAGAUGUCUCUACGUCAUUUCGGUCAUCUAAUGCAUUACGGUAAUGAACACGUCCGCUCUAUGGUCCCAUUAGCCAUGGGUCUAGUUUCUGUAGCAGAUCCUCAAAUGAAGGUUUUUGAUACUUUAUCUCGUUUUUCUCAUGAUGCUGAUCUCAAUGUUUCUAUGAAUUCUAUCUAUGCAAUGGGUCUAUGUGGUGCAGGUACCAAUAACGCCAGAUUAGCACAACUUUUGAGACAAUUGGCAAGUUAUUACUCUCGUGAACAAGAUGCAUUGUUUAUUACUAGAAUGGCUCAAGGUCUCGUACAUCUAGGAAAAGGUACAAUGACUCUAGAUAUGUUCAAUGAUGCCCAUGUUAUGAACAAGGUUACACUUGCCUCUUUAAUGACCGUUUUAGUAGGUUUGGUCUCACCAAGUUUCAUGUUGAAGAACCAUCAACUAUUUUUCAUGUUGCAUAGCGCAGUAAGGCCUAAAUUCAUCCUUACAUUGAAUGAAGAAGGUGAGCCAAUUAAGGUUAAUGUGCGGGUCGGACAAGCUGUUGACACUGUGGGACAAGCAGGUAAACCAAAGACCAUUACUGGUUGGAUUACACAAUCAACUCCUGUUCUAUUGAACCAUGGUGAAAGGGCAGAAUUGGAAACUGACGAAUACAUCAGUUAUACAAACAACAUAGAAGGUGUGGUCAUUCUAAGGAAAAAUCCAGAUUAUGAAAAGGAAGAAGCUAGCUAA